AUGCCUCGACGCCGGGUUGCGAAGAAGAAGCAGCGGCAACGCGCGAGCGCUGCCAGUGGCAGCGUCGGCUCUGACAACAGCGCGUCUGAGGGUCAGGAAGGCGCUCCUGCAAGUAUUGUGGUACGGCGUGGACGCUUGGAUGCCUCUUGCCGUCUGCUUGUACGUGACUGGAGGCAGGUCAUGGGGCCUCGCGUUGCAGCGAAGCUGCGCGAGAGCAGAAGGAACAAACGAAAGGACUUUGUAAGCGUUGCAGGCUGUCUCGGGGUGAGUCACUUCCAAACGCUUACUCAAACGGACAACGGGGUCUACCUGCGAGUUGCGAAGCUCCCUAGGGGGCCGACGGUCACCUUUCAGGUUUUAAAAUUCUCGCUGAUCAGUGACGUGCAACGCCAAGUCAGCGGGGCCCGCUUGGAUCCAAAGGACCUCCGCAAGCCGCCAGUUCUGGCCUGCACAAAUCUGAGCCAUGCAGCAGCGGCACAGCCUAACCGCCCUCCCAAAACAUCGGCUGCUCUGCUCUGCACCUGGGGGCCGGGAGGGAUUGGACUCAGACCAGGAGAUACACUAACGGCCAGGAUGCUUGGGAGUGUGCAACUAAACGACUUCAGGCGCGUGGCUUUCUUUCGUCGAGUGCCUGAGCGCGGGUCCAAGACCUCUGGUGAAGAAGGCAUCCUCUUCCAGUUUAGACAUUAUUCUGUGUCCUUGAAGGCAGCCAAACUGACUGCUGGGGUCGAGACAGUACUGCGGGCUUCUGCAGGAGGCGCAGUACAGAAGCAGGAGCAGCCACAGCAGCAGGAGCAGCAGCAGCAGCAGGAGCAGCAGCAGGAGGAGCAGGAUGAGCUGUCCAUGGCUGUACAGCUUAGGGAGAUCGGCCCUAGACUUGAAAUGCGGCUCAUUAAGAUUGAAGACGACGUUUGUACGGGAAAAGUGCUGUAUCACAAGCAUGUGUCGAAGACUCCUGAAGAGCUGAGGGUGCUAAAGAAGAAGGAGCAGCUGCUCAAAGCUAAGAGGGAGUAA